AUGGGUGCUAUGACCAAGAAGGAAGACUAUCCAUUUACUUAUUCUUUAAAAACAGAUUAUGUCCCUUAUAUUCCUCAUACUUAUACUCCUGAAUGUGGGGAUAAUUUAGCCCCAGCUAUACCAAUGAUAAUCUCAUUUUUCAUUGGAUUUGUCCUUAUGAUUUUCUGCAUACUAAUUCGCUACAUUGCUCUUCUGAUUAAGUCAAGGAGAGUAAGAACAAGCAAAGGGAAAGAAACUCUUUAA